AUGGUAACGUUGAAUGCUCCAAAGCGAUCGUCCUCUUGUGCUGGCGACUAUCUUACAACGUGCCAAUCUGCCAUCUUCAACUUCCAGAGCCUGCUGCUCGUAGUGCUGCUCGUCAUCUGCACUUGCACUUACAUUCACGACUUUGCUCCGGCACUGCUCGAUCGCCACAAGACUGGGCAGCACGCAUUGGCGAACGGUUAAGCCCCUACGUUUCAAUCCUAUGUGUGAUUUGGGGAGUACAUUCUCUACUCACAUAGCGAGUUGUUGUUGUUGUUGUUUUUUGCUGUCGAGUGCUCGUGUGUAUUGACCGUGGGCAAAAUACUAGUAGUAGUUAUCAGGUG